AUGUUUAAAAGCCGCGGCGAUAGUAAUAUUGUUUAUAAAUGUACAGUACGGUUAUUGGAGGAUACAGAGAUUUUAGAAUGCGAAUUUCACCCUAGUUACAAAGGAAAAUUCUUACUGGAACAUGUUUGCCAACAAUUAAAUUUAACUGAAACAGAUUAUUUUGGUCUAAGAUAUGUGGAUGCUAAUGGUCAACGGCAUUGGCUACAUUUGGCCAAAUUAAUACUAAAACAAGUUAAGGAUGCAACUCCAAUAUUGUUUAGUUUUCGGGUGAAAUUUUAUCCUCCUAAUCCAUUGUUGCUAAAGGAAGAUGUCACUCGGUUCCAAAUUUAUUUACAAUUGAAACGGGAUUUACUUCAUGGAAGACUUUAUUGCACUGCAAAUGAAGCUGCAAUGCUUGGUGCACUUAUCAUUCAGAUUGAACUUGGUGAUUAUGAUCCAAAUAUUCAUGUCGGGAAUUAUGUGACAGAAAUGAGGCUUUUGCUAAGACAGACUGAUGCCAUUGAGGCUAGAAUACAGGAACUACAUCAAGAGCCAGUGGAAGGUACUCCGGGUGGCACAGGUGGAGUGAAAGGGAUGUCUACACAGGAGGCAGAACGAACAUUUCUUAAAAUUGCCUGUCAACUUGACACUUAUGGUGUUGAUCCACACCCCGUUAAGGAUCACAGGGGCAAUCAACUGUACUUAGGUAUUAACCAUUGCGGUAUAUUAACAUUCCAAGGAAGCAGAAAGACGCAUCAUUUCAAAUGGUCUGAAGUGCACAAAAUAAAUUUCGAAGGACGAAUGUUCAUCGUUCAUCUUAACUAUCCAGAGAAAAAGCAUACGGUUGGUUUCAAGUGUCCGAGUGGCGCCGCGUGCAGGCACGUGUGGUGCUGUGCGAUUGAACAAAUGUUAUUUUUUACAUUACCGUCGUCAUCAGAUGCUUGCGUCUACUCCGGUGGAGGGUUAUUCUCAUGGGGUACUAAAUUUAAGUACGUGGGCCGAACGGAGAGGGAGAUAUUAGAAAGAGACGGCCUGCUGGCGUCUAGAGACUCUCAGGAUGAGGGUUCAACUACUGGCGGGAAACGAAAAGCAUCUAGUGUACCAGCAACGCCUUCCACUCCUAUGACUGGAGAUUUUGGCUACAGCAGCUUACCACGAUCUACACACAGUGCCCCGUUAGAAGAAAGUGCAAUUCCAGGAUCUAAUAUACCGGAUGGUGAGGCUUGUACUGGCGGAUGCUUGCUUAGCGGCGCCGCUGUUGAUAUCGCACUUUGCGACCAUUUUAGGACCGUAUCUGAUGAUAAAACAGCGUGUCCUGAAUACGCGCGCGAUUCAUUCGAGCACUCUUCAACUGAGUCAGGAGCGACGACCCACGCUACGCACGUGUCACACGCUUCACAGCCUACGGACGACUGGCGACCUCCCGCCCUUCAACCUCCCCCCCGACCUUUUAGCCUACUUCGCGCUUUCGUUCCAUCCUUUUUGUUUGUAUGGCUCUCUCUCGCUCUAGGGAUUCUUCUCCUCUUCGAAACCGAUUGGCCCCUUUUCAGACCCUUGAAGCGAAAACCGGAACUUGUAUCGCUAAGGCAUCACUACUACGCGCCACUGAAAGAGUACCUCAAGAAGAAGGUUGUUGAGCUUUUUUGA